AUGGGAGCUGAUGGUGGCACGAUUCCAAAACGAUGCGAACUAGUACGAAAGUCGAAAAAAGUGGAGAAGAUCGAAAGAGCGGUGAAGAACGCCACGAAAUGGAGAACGUGUCAACUCUCGCAACAACCGCUGAAGAAGCCAAUUAUCGCUUGCAGACUUGGACGACUCUACAAUAAAGAGGCAAUCAUCGAGGCCAUCUUGAACAAAACUAUUGGCAAAAUCGACAUCACGGCUCAUAUCAAAGGCGUUAAGGAUUUCAAAGAGUUGCGCCUCACUGUAAACAAGGAUUACACAGAUGAUGGGGCUAAAGGUGAUAGCUAUUUGGACGUAAAUCAGACACCCUACAUCUGCCCAGUGACUUCAUUCCCAAUGAACGGGAAUCAAUCGUUUGUUUUCAAUUGGAAGUGCGGAUGUGUCUUUUCAGAGAAGGCGCUUAACGAGAUCAAGUCCGAAUCUUGCCAUGGCUGCAGCCAACCGAUGAGCCCAGAAGACAUCAUUGUGCUCAAUCCCAGUGAAGAACUUUUAGCGGAAUACAAGGAAAGGCUAGCUACGGAGAAGAAGGUGAAGAAAGAAAAGAAAGUGGCAGAAAAGGAGGCAAAUGGGACGAAUCAAGUAGUCAACGAGCCGGUGGCUGGGCCUUCUAAUGGAGCACCUACACGGAAACACAGUGCGAACGAGGAUCAACUACCACCAAAAGCGCAACCAGUUGGUGAAGCUGCGGUGGCCGUUAAUCAAGUUAAAAAGGCAGAAAAACGAAAAGCGGAAGCGAUGGGUAUUUUGAAAGGAAAAGUGUCGAUACAAGAGGAUCCUACAAAAUCCGAUGUCUACAAGAAGCUCUUUACCACAUGCGAGGAAGCGAAAAACAAACCGGAGCAACAUUGGGUCACGCACAAUCCUCUAUUUUAC